ACAUAACGUGACCACAAUAUGAGAUUGACUUCUUAACAUGUGUACCAAAAGAAAUAACGUGUUGGCCUUUAACAUAACGAAACCGCGAUAAUUAGGUUCAACAAACAUUUAUCGCGCUUUGUGGCAAAGUUGACUGAUACAUUAUUACGAGACGAAGUGCAUAGUGCGCAAGCAGUUUUAAUUGUUUGUUAUUUUGACAGUGCUUGUUCAGAGUCUAUUACUCUGGCUUGUUGUUCAAAAACUGAAAUAAUAUUUGGACAGAGCAGAACUUGUUAUCUCUUUUAUUUUCCAUCCGCUGGUAUCAGGUUGCGAUAACCCCGUAGAUAAACACGCACGCCAGCAUAAAGACGGAGCGUGGAUCCUCAUUUCAUGCCACCCGUGUACCGCAGUUUAAAGAAAGAAGCUGCAAAUAAGUUUCCUCGAGAAAUCUAAUAGCUAGCCAAACAUUUAAAUGGCGAACUCGCAAGUUUGGUGCCAAGAAGAAAGCGUUAAAAAUAAAACUUGGUUUGUUAGGCUUCUUCUCGCCGUGUUUUUCGGAAUCGUCCAAAUAAUUUCCGAUGCAAUAUAUUGGUUCAUUUACCGAAACAAAGAGAAAACCCAACUACCUGCCAUAGAAGACCCGAUCUUGUUAGAGAGUGCAACGAGCUUAGCCAAGAAAAUCAGGACACAGAAGAUAACCAGUGAAGAAGUCGUCAGCGUUUUUAUCAAUAGAAUCAAAGCCGUCAACCCAAUCAUCAACUGCGUUGUUGAUAAUCGGUUUCAGCUGGCAUUGAAGGAGGCUCAAAAGGCGGACAAAUUAAUUCAAUCCGGAGAAAAGGAUGAAGAAACCUUAGAAUUGGAGACUCCAUUCCUUGGAGUCCCUUUCACCAUUAAAGAUUGCUUUUCUGUAGCCGGAUUGCACUAUACUUCCGGCCUAGUGAAACGAAAAGACUUGAUUGGCCAAUUUGAUUCGGAUGUUGUCGCUCUCAUGAAGAAAGCUGGAGCUAUCAUGUUGGCAAUCACGAACGUACCCGAACUUUGCAUGUGGUGGGAAUCUCUCAAUAACGUUUACGGUCGAUCGCGCAAUCCCUACGAUACCAACAGAACAGUUGGAGGCUCAUCUGGUGGAGAGGCCGGUCUUCUUGCAUCUGGUGGUUCUCCCUUCGGAAUCGGUUCCGAUAUUGGUGGAUCGAUCCGCUUACCAGCAUUUUUCAACGGAAUCUUCGGCCACAAACCAACUUCAGGAAUUGUAAGUAAUCACGAACAACAACCAGUGGCGGGAAAAGUUCUUCAGACUUACUUGGUAACCGGUCCGAUGAGUCGAUUCUGUUCAGAUUUGCUUCCAAUGUACCGCAUCCUAGCGGCUGACAAUACCAAGAAAUUGAAACUAGAUGAGAAGGUUUCCUUGUCCAAAAUACGCUACUUCUACGUGGAACAUUUUGGUAAAAAUCCGAUUUUGAGCCGCGUACAUCCCGAUUUAAAAGAGGCUCAGAGAAAAGUAGUGCGACAUAUCGAGAAAACUUACAAUGUCCCUGUUCAAAAGAUGAAAUUCCCAAAAUUGUACCAUGCGAUGGAAAUGUGGUCCGUCAAAAUGACCGCCGCUGGUAAUCCACCAUUCGUUGCAGAAUUGGCUAUGGGAAAGGGACAAAUUUCUCUGAUUGCCGAGUUUCUCAAGUAUUGUGUUGGACAAUGUGAGCACACAUUAUUUGCACUUGCUAUGGGAUUACUGGAGAAACUGUGUCCUCCUUCAACGCAUCCGCUGUCUGUGAAGAUGAUUGAAAUGUGCGAUGAGUUAAAAAAAGAGCUACAGGAACUUUUGGGAGAUGAUGGCGUUCUACUAGUUCCACCCCAUCCUACUGCUUCCUUUUAUCACAAUCAAUCGUUAACAAGGCCUUUCGACUUUGCCUAUGUGGCGAUUUUCAACAUUCUCGGCUUUCCUAUCACUCAGGUGCCACUUGGUCUUGGAUCAUGGGGCGUUCCAUUAGGAGUCCAAGUGAUUGGUAAUUUGCGCAACGAUCACCUGACUCUGGCCGUUGCAGCUGAGCUGGAAAGGGCGUUUGGUGGAUGGGUAUCUCCUUCGCCAAUCUCCUGUUAGUUCACGGAAUAUCUAAAUUUGUCUUGAAUUAUUUGCAAUAAACCAUUCCUAAUAAUUUUCGACCAAAAAUCGAUUUUUGACGAAUUGAACGGAUCUUCUCAAUUUCCUUAUAGGCACACUGAUUGUAUUGUGGAUUACAUAUUGAAAAAUAGCUAAUCGCGCAAGUAUUAGCCUUAUAAUAUAAUAAUGAAUAUAAAAAUCUGUCAGCCCAAUUUAAACCAAAUUAUUUGCAUCCGUCGUCAAAUGUAUGAUUAGAUGGAGACCAAUAGGAAUCGAUAAAGGACAUCACGGUGCGUAUUCGUUGUACAAUU